UUGCCCUGUUCUUGUCUUCCUUAGAGUUUGGGGUUUUGGUAGACGGGAGUCUCUCUCUCCAUCUCUCUCUCUCUUGCUCGCUCGCUUUCUCGCCCCGAGCACUUUGUACGCCAUGUCGCUGCUCUCGGAUUUGAUCAACCUCAACCUCUCUGAUCACACGGAGAAGAUUAUCGCCGAGUAUAUUUGGAUUGGUGGAUCUGGUUUGGAUAUUAGGAGCAAAGCAAGGACCCUUCCAGGUCCAGUUAAGCAUGCUAGUGAGAUACCGAAAUGGAACUAUGAUGGCUCGAGCACCGGCCAAGCCCCUGGGGAGGAUAGUGAAGUGAUUUUGUACCCCCAGGCUAUCUUUAAGGAUCCAUUCAGGAGGGGAAACAACAUUCUUGUCAUAUGCGACUGUUACACACCGGCUGGAGAGCCAAUCCCCACCAACAAAAGAUUUAAUGCGGCUAAAAUUUUUAGCCACCCUGAUGUAGUUGCUGAAGAACCUUGGUAUGGAAUUGAGCAGGAGUACACCCUCCUGCAAAAAGAUGUCAAGUGGCCGAUUGGGUGGCCGGUGGGGGGCUUUCCUGGUCCUCAGGGUCCCUACUACUGUUCAGCUGGUGCUGACAAAUCUUUUGGCCGUGACAUUGUUGAUGCACAUUACAAAGCUUGUUUGUAUGCUGGAAUCAACAUCAGUGGCAUUAAUGGAGAGGUCAUGCCUGGUCAGUGGGAAUUUCAAGUUGGCCCUUCUGUUGGCAUUUCCGCUGGUGAUCAGUUGUGGGCUGCUCGUUACAUUCUGGAGAGGAUCACCGAAAUUGCUGGUGUGGUACUUUCAUUAGACCCGAAGCCUAUUCAGGGAGACUGGAAUGGCGCUGGCGCACACACUAACUACAGCACCAAAUCAAUGAGGGCAGAUGGAGGUUAUGAAAUCAUAAAGAAGGCAAUAGAAAAACUUCGCCUCCGACAUAAGGAGCAGCAUAAAGAGCAUAUUUCUUCUUAUGGUGAAGGCAAUGAACGUCGCUUAACUGGAAGGCAUGAGACUGCUGACAUCAACACUUUCUCUUGGGGUGUUGCAAACCGCGGAGCUUCAGUUCGUGUUGGUCGUGACACUGAAAAGAAUGGCAAAGGUUAUUUCGAAGAUCGGAGGCCGGCAUCGAAUAUGGAUCCCUACAUCGUGACAUCCAUGAUUGCGGAGACCACAAUCCCCUUGAAACCAACUUAAGAAGAAUUUAUUUCCACGCUUUGCUUUCCGUGAUUCAGAUAUCUGUGGCAUUGAUUAAAGAUUACAUGUUCUCAGCUCUUUCUGGUUUGAUCUUAUGUUGGGUUUAGUUUUUUCUUUGUACUAUUUGGAGCUCACCAAGUUUGUUGUUCCUGCAUUGCUGUUUGCUUUCUUAUGAUAUGAAAACUGAUUACAGUGUCUGUAGUUUGGGUGAUAUUUAUCAUGUUAAGAAUCCAUUUGUUCCAGUAUAA